GCGCUGGAAGUGCAGAUGUUGAGCAACAGCUGGAAGCUCUGCUUCGAGAAGCACUCUGUUCCUCCUGAGACAGAGCAGAUAUGAGCUGCGAGGAACGAAGUCGGCGCAAUGAACAAAACAUAACUUGGUGUGUUGUUGAAAGCUGGAUGUUGUAGCUCGUGUGUACAGGAAUGGGUUUGUUUUUGUACACAGUUGGGCCUGUCAGUACCACAGAGGCGACUCUCGACCGGCAGGCACAGCGAUGUGUUGGGAAGAAUAACCGGAGCUAUGUUUGUGAGUCAGGACACUGCUGUGAAGACCAGGAGUGCUGCGACUACUUCUUUGAGUUAUGGUGGUUCUGGUUGGUGUGUGCCAUUUUCUUCAUCCUGACCUGUUGCUGUGUGGGUCAUCACCGCCGAGUCAAACACAGGCUGCAGCAGCAGCAGCGACAGCAAGAGAUCAACCUUAUUGCCUACAGAGAGGCUAGCAACUACACCUCAACUCCAUUCUACUUCAGGUUUCUCCCAAGCUCUCUCCUUCCUGAUUAUGAGGAUGUAACAAAUAAUCCUCUCGCCCCACCUCCUCCUUACUGCAACUUAAACUCCGGACCACCAGAUUGCACCAGCAAUGACCAGGAGGAGGAGCAAUGUCCAUCCAGACAGACCACUCCUGUGCCCACAUCAUCGACAGCACUGUGCUCCAGUCCUGACAUAGUGGGGCUUGAGACCUCCAGGGAGAACCAGCACAGAGAUGGUGGGAAAGACACAGAGACCAUGUUGAAGGAGGACAUGGAUCCCAAGGACCAAGAAACGGAUGUGGAAUUACCUGAAGAGGAGAAGGAUGGGGUCAUGGAAAGACGGCGCCACUUUACAGGCGACUCUGGCAUUGAAGUGUGUUUGUGCAGCCGAGGAACCGGGAGCCACAGACCUAAAGAGCUUGAGAUGCUGUUCAACAAUGAAGGCCAUGGCAGCUCGAUGGAGUUUUGCCACAGUUACGACAAAGACGGCAAGCAGGGGACAGAGCUUGACGCAUCACCACCAACACCACCACAGCUCUAUCCUCUCUGCCUGUGUUUGCAUACCAUUAAUGAGCAGGAGGGGCCACAGGAGGGCCAGAGCUAAGGGGUAUUGAUAGCAAACAUAAAGGGAAAACAGAGACGCAAGAGUACCUACCUUGUUCUGUGGAUAGUGUAUACAGACAGUGAUGUCUGUGUUAGUAACAGCUGUGCUGAGUGGGGAAAAGAACUGUGGUGUCUAUCCUAGAAACACUGGUUUAUGGUGGGAAUACAUCCUGGAUGGGACACCAGGCAUCCAACACACAUUUGCGCACUCAUUCACACCGGAGGUAAUCUGGAUUAGCCAAUUCACCGUCUGGCAUGUUUUAGAGCUAUGAACAGUGUUCAGUUCACACACAAGUUCAAUAGAAUUGUUUGGUUUAUUUAGGCCAUGUCCACACUAAUACGUUUUCGUUUGAAAACGUAUAUUUUUCUCUCCGUUUUGGCCAACGAAAAAGUCAACGAAAACGUAGCUGUUGGAAGGCGCUCUCCAAAGCGGAUACAUUUGAAAACGCCGUCAUUGCGUCUUAGUGUGAACUGUGAAGACGGAGGCUUUUGAAUACUUUGACGCAUUUUUAGUCAUGUGAUGCAGUCGAAAGUAAAUAAACGCCUAGCAGAAAUGAUGCAGGUCGAAGCUUUACUCAUGCGCAGUAGGGAGAUGUAAGCGUUGUCAUACAUUUCAUUGUGGAUGAGCAACUUUUGGAAAACAUUUGAAAAUGAUAAUGUGGACGCGGAGCGUUUUUAGACGUAAACGCCGUUUUCAAAUAUAUCCGGAUUAGUGUGGACAUGGCCUUAGCCAGUUGGGUUUCAGUGUUAACAGCGUUAAGAGUUAGCAAUGAUCUACUAUCAUAAAAUAAAAUAUGUGAACUGUAACUUAAUUUACAGCUAAAAUGGCCAAUGCUUUGCACUUUUGUUUUUUUAAAUAUCUUUUACCAAAAUAUUUUAUUACAUUAAUUUCCACAAGAGGGCCACAUGAGUAGUUUUGAUUUUCUAAGCCUAGGUCCAGUCCUACUCGUAUAUUACAUAAGUUAAAAAUUGUAAUCUUGAAAAAUAUCCUCAAAUAUUUGCAACAAAAAGUUUAAUAUAUUCUUAAAUUCAAUACUAUAAUCUCUUUAUUAGCCACAGCUAGGAAACAACAGCAGAAGACCCUUCUUUCAUUUGGUUCCAAAGAAAAAAAAUAGUUGUUAUUAAGUAUGUAAUUUUAUCUGUGUGUGUGUGUGUUCUUUAGAUUAAGAUUUGAGUAAGUAAGUCUGCAUUAUUUUCAAUUCCUCAAAUGAAUUAAUUAUCAAAUAAUUUUUUUUAAUCAAGUAAUUUUUGUAUUUUUGCAGUUGACAUUUAUUUAAACGCUAACUAACUACCCGCGUUAACUAAUGUUUAAUUACUUUUGGACUAAAAAUAAUAUGAAGAAUCGAAAACCUACUGAAGUGUUCUUUGUUCACGUCACUGAUGUUGUAUGAAUGCUGAAAAUUCCGUUGAAUAUAAAGUGGCACCGUUGACAUUGUUCUAUUGAAACAA